AGAGCACAGAUCCCUAGUUCCUGACCUCUGUCUGAUGUGCACAUUCUCAGGAAGCUCCCAUGUUGCCAGGGAUCACAACAACAGUGGAACAAAACAUAGCAGUGGUCUAGAAUCAACUCAGCACAGCUAGAAGUGUCAACACAACUUGAGCAUUGGAAGAUGUUGCGAUUGCUGUUUCUGUGUCUGAUGGUGACUCUGCGAGGAGCUGCUGCUUCCUCAGAGGAGAGUGAAGGCUCAGCAGACGUAGCAGAUGGAGACGAUGAAGAUCUAUUCAAGCAAAACGUGAGUCCAAAUCUCGGACAAUAUUCCACGCUUGAACCUGAAACUGAUGAUACUGUGGACAUAAACAAGGCAACAGGAGAAAAAGUAGCGGAAGAUGGAUUUACUACCAUUGUCAUCAUCGUAGCCGUGAGUGUGGUGGCACUGUCAAUCGCAGUGAUAGUAGCCAUAGUGCUGGUCCGGCGCCGCAUGCACAACCGACCACAAGGGAUCUACUCAGUUCCCACAGAACAGGGAAUGAAAGGAACGGUCUAACCACAGGAAGAGCUCCAGUCCCAUUGGACACCUGCAGGGGAGGACCAAUGAACCGAGCUCUACAAAAUACUGCCCUUUGAACCAGGAAGGGUACACUUUCCACCCCAGCCUGCUCUUUCUGAACCACCCCCUACUGCUCUCCUCUCUGGGACCAUCUGUUACUGUGUUAUGGGUCCCCUCCAAAGGAAACUUAGUUUCCUUUAUUUGGUCUCUUGUUUGUUUCUGUCCCACAUAUCCCAAAGUAUGUGUGUAUAUUUAAAAGGGCAUUCUGCAGUUGCUGCUUUUGUCCAAUGGCAUAUUUUACAAGAAAAACAAAUGUCCCGCUAGAAGUAAUUUGCAAUUGCAAUUGUUUCUCCGCUCCUUCGCUAAACUAAACUGUAUUCAGAGUUGAUUUGGUGCAUUUAGAACAGGCUUUUUUGAAUGAGAAAAGCAAGUUUAAUCCACCCUAAACCAGCCCAGUCCUCACUAAAUUUCCACGUUCAGCUCUGUGACAUGUACUGUCCUUGGCCUAUUAGUGACAACAGCCAGUACUGUUGAAAGAUAAAGCUUGUUCUCCCGUCUUCUCAACCUAUGAAGGGAAAAAAGAAAAAGAAAUGGGUGAAAAAAGUCAGAGGUCUGAGAAUUAAUCAACCUUUGUGAAUGAUGAUGUUUUCUUUUCAACACCCCCUUUUUCUUUUUGAAAUGCUUCCUUUCAAAACGUCAACCACAUCACUGAUUGUAAAUAGCUCUUGGAUGGCUGAGGUAUGUUUGAUUUGAAUGGUUUAUAGUGCUGGGACGGGGGUAUGGUGGGGAGAAAUUGAGAGGAUAAAAUAAAGUGCAGGGGUAGGGAGGUUGGGGGGUGAGUGGGGAAAUACCCACAAUGCCCAUGUUUCAUUCAUACUGAGUUUAAGGCCACUCCACCAUCGCUCCCUGGCUCUCUUUUCAUUUAAAUGGAAAUCAAUCGUGCCCCGUGAUCAAAAGCUUUAGGGCCGAGGUGCUGGCUGGCUUAUUUCUUACUCUGCAUUACAGAGAAAGGAUGUUUUUUGGCAGGGGUCAGAGGAGAGGGGGAGGUGGACAUGAUGUGCUUUGGCAUGACAGGGCUAUUCAUUUGUUGCGUUAUCAUGAGGGAACAAGGGUUGUUGUGAGUGUGUGCGAAUUACACCCAAGAUCAAGUAGUGUUGAAAUCACUGGGUCUGUCAAAAUAGCGUGCCCACUGUCUUUCUCCACUCAACCUUACCGCUGUGAUGUCAUCAGCUGAGGAUGGGCUUGGCUGGGUUCCAGGCUGUACAGAAACACCUGAGGAUGGGCUUGGCUGGGUUCCAGGCUGUACAGAAACACCUGAGGAUGGGCUUGGCUGGGUUCCAGGCUGUACAGAAACACCUGUGUGUUAUUAGUGCCUCCAUCUCAUUUUGUGUUCUCUGGUUCACUCAAUCAGAAUUGUCCCAAUCUGUUUAAGUUGACGAAAUUCAAUUAGUAAACAGAUUCUAAACGCAUAAAGUGUGGUAUGCUUGUGUCUGCACUCUGCAGGUGUUUGUGUAUGUGGAGUUUGAUUGAAGCAUCACAACUAGCCCAGUAAGCCUGAGAUGUAGUCUAGCUCCGACAGCAUUUCAAAAGGAGUAUCAUUUAACAUACGGUAAAAGAACAAAAUAACUUUCACUUUCUGUUUGUUUACUGACCACAGUCACAUUCAAGAAAGCCUUUUUCCCCUACUCAGAAAUACCCUUAGAAAUUCCCUUCACCUACAAAGUAGACGUGGUGGUUACGAGUCAGCGACCAGUCUCAUUAUAGAUGAGGUUUGCAUAGAACAGUUUUUCUUGUCUGUGAAAAAAGUACAUCUAAGAACCAUUCAAGCAAGCAUGUUGAAAUAGUCAUGAACUAAACAAAGUCCAAAAAUUCUAAAAGAAUUGGUUUGACCUGUGUAAUGCCCUGUUCAUUCAGCUACACUCACACAUCUCCAUGGCAUUAUGCUCCUUCAAAGCCACUUCGUCUGUUGCAUUGCUAUUGUGAAUGCAUCAAAACUGAUUGUCCCCUAUUUAUUUCCUCCAGGGCUUACGUUGAAAAGGGUAUGAAAUGUUCAAAUAUUGGAAAAAUAAAAUGUAUUUUCAAGAGCUCCAUGGGCUUUUUCAGCUGUGCAAAAGUUUCUCAAGGCCCAUUUUUCAUCUAAUCUUUUAAAAAAUUGUCAAGAGAAAGCGUUACUGAGUUCAGCCAAUCCCCGACACUGUCAGACAUGGCUCUCCAAGAGCCCUUACCUAUUAUACAAAAGUCCUUACACCACCCCCCCCUCCAUAAAAACUGAAUCUGGUUAGGGUUUAUAUUUGUCAAUUUUACACGAAUGUUUCAGGAUUGUGCAUUCUGUCUUUUGAUGAAAAUAGGAAAAUGUAUCAACCAGCAGAUUCUGUUUGAUGAGCUUGGAUGAUGCGUCCUCUGCACAGCAAUACGUAAUGCAAAUGCGUACAACAACAAAAAUAUUUUAGCUUUGUGUAUUAUUAUAUUGUGUUUUUAUGAGAUGUCCUAUUGUAAAAGUCAAUAUUCAAAUGAUAAUUCAGUCUUAAUUUUUAAGCACACGUCUCAUGAGUACUCAUAAUCAAUGCUGAUAAACCCUGUACAUUCUGUUUGCUCAGGAUCAUUAACUGUUUGUAGUGUACAGCAGCGAAGUGUUUCUACAAUACUCUAUGUCUCAUCCAUUCCUAUGUCUCUGAAUCUGAGUGUGUUUUAGAAUAACUAGACCUGCACUAAAAGUGUCAUCUUGCUGUUCUACUUGUACUGUAGGUUUCCACAGCCCACACAUUCUCCAAUCAUUCAAUUUGGACUAGCAUUACUCAUGUUCUGUAUAUGGCUCUUCUAUAUUAUGGAUUAUGACAUUUUUUUAAACAUUAAAUGUGUUCUACUAUG